GUGGUUUAGACUCUAGUCUUGUAACAGCUUUAUUAGUCAAAGAUGCCAAAGAGCAGAAGUUACCCUACCCUAUCCAGACGUUCGCCAUUGGUAUGGAAGGUAGUCCCGACUUACAAGCCGCUAAAACGGUAGCCAACUAUCUAGGAACAGAUCACCAUGAAGUUGUCUUCACACCGGAAGAAGGUGUACGAGCAAUUGAAGAUGUAAUAUAUCAUUUAGAAAGUUAUGACAUCACAACUAUACGAGCAUCAGUUGGAAUGUAUUUAAUAAGUCAGUAUAUCAGUAAGAAGACGGAUACAGUUGUGAUAUUAUCUGGUGAAGGUUCUGAUGAACUAGCUCAAGGUUAUAUAUAUUUCCACAAGGCACCUUCAUCCGAGGAGGGGGACAGAGAGAGCAGACGACUACUAGAAGAUCUUUAUAUGUAUGAUGUACUCCGGGGUGAUAGGACUACCUCGGCUGCUGGGUAA